AUGCCCGACACCACAUCACUCCUAUUGAGGACGUGGGAUGCCACCAAACCUCAGUUGGGAUACACGAAAAAGUGGUCAUUAGCAACUCCGAUACAGAGCAUACAUAUAGCUAAUCCCACAUUCAAUUACAAACCAUGGGAAAGAGGUGGCUGCACGUUAGUCAAACACCUGUAUCACAACAACACCUUGAUGCAAUUCCCAGACCUCCAGAACCGAUACGGCCUACCGCCGCAAUCACUGUUCUCUUACCUCCAACUCAAGUCACUCCUGGAACAUGACACAGAGGUUACCACACCUAAAAAGGCAAGGAACAUUAAGGGAAUUUGCAUAGCUAGGAAGAUACCAAACAAAAUGAUCUCAAACAUAUACAAGUUACUGUCAGACCCACCAGACGAGGACAGAGAGAAGUUCCAAGAAACAUGGCAAACAGACAUAGGCAAAACACUAACAGCAGAACUCUGGCAAAAUGCGUUCAUAGCACACAAGGGCAGAUCCAGAUGUGCUUCUCACUUAGAAUUGAUACGCAAAAUACAGUAUAGAUGGUACAUGGUACCGACCAGGCUAGCAACUAUCUACCCCAACACGUCUAUGAAUUGCUGGAGAUGUGGGAGGGAGAAAGGAAAGAUGUACCACAUAUGGUGGACAUGCCCCCUUAUCACCGAUUAUUGGGAGGAAAUAGGCAACAUAAUUGUGACCGCUACACACCAAACGGGGAAACUGGAACCGGAGUGUGGACUCCUUUUCAUGAACUUAGAAAAACUCUCCAAAACCCAAGCCUUCCUAAUGUUUCACAUACUAAUUGCAGCAAACUUACACAUUGCAAAGGCGUGGAAAUAGACAGAUACCCCAAGCAUAGACACAGUGAUUAAGCAAAUCACAACGAACAUAGAUUACGAGACAAGGAUACACACAGGGCUUACAAUACAAGAGUAUAGAACAAGAGCCAAACAUGAGUGGGAAUGGUUCCUUGAAAGACAGGACGAAGUAAGGAGAGGCAGUGACACAUCAUAGAACACAAUAGUAGGCAGCGGGGACAACGGGAGUAAAAGGGGCGAACAUAGAUUCAAUGGGAAGCUCACACGGAACCCCUAAGGGACAGGACCAGAGGAGUGGACACCCACACUGUACAUAGUUGUGUCAGUAGACACCCAACACUAACAAAGGGAGACAGCUAGGAUAUUCACUAGCCGCCCAGGCAGAAAGGCGAAGCACUAAUAUCGCGCAAUAGACGACAUAAAAGGACCGAGGGAGCCCAAGUGCUUACGAGGUUUACCAGAAAACAGCCUCUGGGGCUAGACGAGAAAGGCAGCAAACUCCCCCUUCCCCCUCCCCCCCAUCUAACCACCUCCCCUCCUUGUAGUAUCCUUACCUCACAUACCAAGCAGAGUUCACGGGUACACCCAAGACUAAGGAGACUCAGAGUAUGGGGCCCGCACAGAUAUUUGAAGCAGUAUGGCAGAACAAACCACGCACGCCUCACCAAUUCGACAGUAUUGCCAGACACACACACCGUUCAGAGGCAAUAAGUAUUGAUGAUUGA